AUGCCGGCUUUCAUGGGCCGCUCCGGUGUUCGGGAUCCUUUAACAGGGGCAUCUAUUCCUCGAUUCCACCUUCGCCCUGAUAUUCCCGGUCAAGAAUCGGAAGGUGGUCUGAUCGGAUGGAAGCAGUUACUCGCAUCCAACCAGUCACUAUCAUACGCAGCCGGGGUGGGCGUCCAUUGCUUUGACACAAAUAGCAAGCCACCCAUCAACCCACCUAUAGAGGAACUGGCAUCUCCUUCAUCUACUACCACUUCGCGUUUCGGCUGGGGUAGCCUGGGUAGCCGGUCUACCGGCACUCCUGCAACACCCACAACACCUAUCACACCAAUGAGCCAUGCGUCGACCUCCGCCCUGCCCUGGGAAAAGGACACCUGCACCGGAUCCUGGAACCACAAGAUGGGCCGGGAUUGGUGGUUCCAUAUGGAACGCGACCGCCCCGGUAACUCGGAACUCAUCAACGUGAAGCAACUCUUCUAA